UUAAAAACCAUAAUAUUCAAAUACGAUUUAUUCGUUAAAUAUUGUCAUUUUAUACAAAUAGAAAAAAAAACUGCCUCCCACUCAGGAUAUAUCAUAUAUGAUGUAUAUAAAUACAUCCUCCUCUUCUCCAUGCCUCAUCACCACUCAGACAAGCUAUUAAGUAAGAGGUAAAAAAGAAGCGAGGGAGCAGAUUAUAACUGAGAGAAGAAACGUUUAGUUAUUAAGUUAUUUAACUUACUAUAAUCAUGGGCUAUCUCGACGGGAAAUGGGCACCGUUGAUCAUGAUUACCGUGAUUAACACGAUUAAUGGGAUGGUUAACGCUUUGAUUAAGAAAGUUCUUGAUGGAGGCAUUAAUCACAUGGUUAUUGCUACCUAUCGUUUGGGUAUUUCCACCUUAUUUCUUCUUCCCAUCGCUUAUUUUUGGGAACGGAAAACAAGGCCAAAGCUAACUACAAGCAUCUCGUGUCAGCAUUUCUUCAGUGCCCUUUUUGGGGCGAGUUUGAUGCAAUUUUUUUUCUUGCUUGGGCUCAGUUACACUUCUGCCACGUUGGCAACUGCCUUCUGGGGCACAUUGCCUGCCCUCACUUUCAUUAUGGCCUUAAUAUUUGGAUUCGAAAAAUUAAACAUGAAGACAAAAAUAGGAUACGGUGUCAUUCUUGGAGCUAUGAUAAGCUUAGCAGGAGCUUUAACCCUUACGAUGUACCAAGGCAUUCCAUUAUCGAACUCUCAUGAACAAGCAACGAUUUCAAACAUCCAUAAAGGAAAUGAGAAUUGGAUCAAAGGCUGUUUUCUUUUAUUCACAGGAGUUAUACUUUUCAGUUCUUGGAUGCUUAUACAAGCCAAGAUCAACGUGAGUUACCCGUGUCCAUAUUCGAGUACAGUUAUUUUAUCGGUCUUUGGGACGCUUCAAUGCGCUCUUCUUAGCUUUAUCAAGACUAGACAUGUGGAAGAUUGGAUCCUCGGAGACAAACUCACCAUCUUCACCGUCAUUAUAGCGGGAGUGAUUGGACAAGGAAUGUGUACGGUGGGAAUAUCGUGGUGCAUCAAACAACGUGGACCUGUCUUUACAGCAGCGUUCAGUCCUGUCACACUUAUGUCCGCAACCGUGUUCGAUUUCGUGAUACUUCAUCGUAUGAUUUAUGUUGGAAGCGUUAUUGGAUCUGUAGUAGUUGUGAUCGGUUUAUACAUAUUUUUAUGGAGCAAGAGCAAACAUAUAGAUGAGUGUAAGAUCGUGACGUUACCUACAAAUACGGUGGAAAAAGAAAAGGAAGAGGAAGAUCAUACAAAUGUUAACAAAUUAGGCCGUGUUUUGGUUAUCCCCAUGACACCUUGAUCUACUUCCCUAAAGUCUCUUUUUCAUUCAAUAAGACUGACAUGUCCUACGAAUCAACUGCGAAGAAGAGAAUAAUUUUCGCAUUCCAUUGUUUGUUGGAGUAUUUGAUCACUUGUGUUGCUAUGUUUUGGCUUACAUAUGAUAUUCCAAUUUGUUUAUAAAAUAAACAGUAUUUAAUAUGGGCCUAAAUGGCUAAACGAAUGCUUCAUUCUUAAUCUUUUUAGAUAAACAAAAUAAACCAAUAAACUUAUAGACUAGAACGGCUGAGAGAAAAGGUGUUUUGCGGCAGUAGUUCCACAAGAUGUUUUGUGAACAUAAAUUAUGACCAAAACUGGAGGACAUGUAAGUGAAUGGAGCAAAUGCAGUUGCUGGAACAAAUAAGAUUGGAAUAGGAAGAAACUGAUGUCAAAGAACUAAAUCAUAAAGAAAUUUAUUUUAAAGAAAAAUUGAAGAUGUUCACAUCGAAAAGCCUAAAGGAUCGACUUGAUCCGGUAAGUGGAAUUAAGGUUUGAGUGCCUUUUGGUGGUUUUAGCAGUUCCAAGAAGAUAAAGUAUGGAUAACUUUUUUUUUUUUUCAAAGAUAGUGUUACUCUAUGUUUCCAAUGCAAUUUUACGCAUUAAAUGCACUUUUUACCUUUUUGAAUAACCAUUAGACUUUUAUUUAAAUCAGUUUCAUUUAUUUAAUCUUACAUUAAAUAAAAACAUAGUAGUAUAUAUUUUACAAUUUUUUUAAUCUGCAUGAAACAUGUCGUGAUAACAUUUUUUGCGAAAGAGAGAGAGUAAUGUUUACUCUGUUUAGUAAAUUAGCGAGCUGAGAGAUGUCAUGGCUUUCUCUAUUCUUGCUUAGAUUUGAAAUCACCACGUAGAUGUUAACGAUCAUAUACUUCAUUUGUUGGAAAAAAAAUUUUGUUGUUGUUUUCACGCAUGUUAAAUAAACAUAUUAAAUUUAUGACAUGAAUAUAUAAUGUCGUGUGAUUAACAUAUUGAACUAAGUAAUUAAUUCAAUUAUUUUUCUUAAAAUUCAUAAUUUUAUUAAAUAAUAAACAGAGAAAUACCCAAGGAUAACACUAAAAAAGUUUUGGUCAUAAAUAUAGACUCUAAAAAUUAAAAUUAUCAAAAAAUUCUAUUAAAGAAGUAAAUAUACAUUUAUACCCUAGGGUAAACUAAUCCAAACCUUAUGGUUUAGAGUUAAGGGGUGGGGAUUUAUGAUUGAAGUUUAAAAUUUUAUAAAAUAAAAAAUUAAAAUUAAAAAUUUUAAAAAUAGUUUCAAAAAGUAUUUUCUAAUUACAAAAAGGAUAUUUCAAAAGAAAAUUAAAAAAAUUUCAAAAAAAAAGUUAUAAAAAAAUUCAAAUUUGAAAACAAUAAUCUAAAACUAUAAUUUAGUUUUUUUUAAAUUUUUUUAAUUUUUUUUUUUAUAUAUCUAGGAUAUUAAAAUCUUUUUACCUAUUAAAUAAAACAUUUGGUCACUUUCCUCCUUGUGGUCUACUUUUGUGACUAAAACUUGAAAAUAAUCUAUUUAUGGGAAUUGCCCUAAUAAACAUGUAUAAAAAUAGAAAUAAUAUAUUUGUUAAACAAUUAUUUUUUUUCAAAAACGUCUAUGUUAAUGGAAAAAAUGAGAGAGUAUGUACUUUGAUUUACUUCUUAAAAAGGCGAUAAUAAAUUAGGUUGCUAGUCCCAAUCAAUGUGCUUUUCUAUAACUAGGAAGAAUUUGAACUUUGAACCCUUAUCUCUCGUAUCUGUUUACCAAUCUGAAUUGAUACAAGAAAUAUGCGUAAAUUAUUACUUUAUAUCUCUUUCAGUUUAGUUGUCAUUGUAUAGUAAAAUUUUUCGUUUCAAAAUAAAUAUCGUUUUAUAAUUUCAAUGCAAUUUUGUUGAGUUUAUUUU